AUGGCUUUUACUAGCCAAGAUCCAACGAUCAAUCACAACGACCAAAAGAAGCCAUUACUAAUAUGUGAAUGGUGUGAUUGCACUUACACAGUAAAAGAGGAUAAAAGCUCCUUUCUACGUCAUGUCUAUCAGCAUAUUGAGGACCUGGUGGAAAUUUCCAACGGCCAUUUCAACGAGAAUCCACGAGAGUUUCAAUGUCUUUGGCGAGAUUGUACUUUAGAUGUAUUUAUGAAUGGAAGAGAAUUGGCCAAGCAUGUUAUGUUUCAUGCUUAUCAUGCUUACUUGAAAGCCUUAGGUGCUGCGAUGCGUUCAACGAAACAAUUACCGCCUUGUACUUUAAGCGACGAAAGCCGAAAUCUAAUCGAUGCAGACGAGGAAUUAGUAUGCUGCUGGGAAGAUUGUCGUAUGCAAUUUCAUUCGCCUGAUCAGUUCUAUCGUCAUAUGGAUGCUCAUGGUGAUAACGAUAGUGCUGAUGGAGAUAGUUUUGUCUGUCGAUGGUUAGGAUGUUCUGCAAAAUUUAAAAGCAGGUAUCGAAUUAAAGAACAUUGCAGAGUACAUACUGGCCAAAAAGUGAUUGCAUGCAACACUUGCGGAGGAUUAUUUGCUAGCAAUACUAAAUUUAUAGAUCAUCUGAAUAGGCAAUCAGAAGAUGCUAAUUUAAGGUGCCUCUGCUGCAACAAACAAUUUGCAACCAAACGACUAUUAAGGAAUCAUGAAAGAGGACAUGUGAACAACAGUAAAUGCACUAUGUGCGAUAUGACGUUUCCAUCACCAUCAGGUCUUAAAAGACAUAUCUUAUACCGACAUACCGAGCAAAGACCUUACCAGUGUGCUUUGUGUCAUAUAAAGUUCAAAUCCGAGCACGACUUAAAUAGACACAUUAAAAUUCACGAUGAUCAAGUCUUACUUUGUCCUAAAGAAGGCUGUGAUUAUACAAGUAAAUUCUUGCAAAGUAUUAAAGCUCACUAUGCGAAAGAGCACGAGGCUGAAAUGGCUUCUGCUCGAUACGCUUGCCAUAUUUGCGGUUGUCGUUACACUCGAGGAUAUUCACUUACAAGUCACUUAAAAAAGAAACAUCACUUUGAAUGGCCUGGUAGCUUAAGCAGAUUAAUUUAUAGCCAAUGCGAUGACGGAAUGUACAGAUUGCAAACUGUCCGGUAUGAAAGUGUUGAAUUACAAGUGGAUCAAAAUAAGGAAAAUCAUCAGUCCGUAAUUAAAAAUCUUCCUUAG